AUGCAGGCUGCUGUGGUUGUUGGUACAGUGGUUGAUAGAGUGGGUAAGUUGGGUAGUAGAGUGGUGCCGUCUCGUACGGACGAUACGGAGCGCAACAAGCACACGUCGCCUUUCUGUGAACCGAGCAGCUAUCUUGCAGCAUCUGUCGCAGCUCGUCGAGGAGUAGCCGUUCCCGACCUCGAAUUAUUCGAAAUUACGAUUGUCUUACGAGUUUACAUUUGUGCAUACGCUUCUGAUUCGAAAGCUGGUUCACGGGGAAAAUCAGCUCCUUACUUUCGAUCGGUCGAAUACACCAGUGAAAGCAUCUGA